AAUUAUUGACAAAUCGAAUAUUUGAAUAGUAGUAAAUAUAUAGUAUUAAUCAUCAUAAUGCAACAACAUUUCGCUUGAAAGCCAAUGACAUGAAAGUGAAUUUUCACCAAAACUGAGGCAAAAGUGGAGUAACAAAUGAAUUACUGCAUAAGCUGUGACUACUCCCACACCUGUAAAUGUGAAUCCUUGACAGUUGCGCAAGUACUCAGGCCGUUCGGUGGCAUGCAAUAGCGGUAAACUUGGAGGUGAAGUGGCGGUUAACAAAAAUAAUACUAAAAAAGAACGCAUGUUGGCCUUAAAUAUGAAACUCUUUACGAAGAUUUGCAAACUUUUUUCCAAACAUACAGACAUACACACUCAUAUAUAAAGGUUUGUGGAAAGUUUCGUUGUGAAGGAGGCGAAAAUGCAAAACUUCAGACAAGGAAUCAAUUUCAUGUUUUCAAAGGCACGCAAGUGCAAAUAGCGCAACAGCAGCUAGCAGCCUAGCUAGCUAUAAAAUCAGCAACAAUAUGCACAACAAUAACAAAUUGAAAAACUAUAAAUACAAAUACAAUGGUUUGUACAUAUAAAGGGUGUUAUUUUUAGAGGUAAAGGACUUUUAUUAGAGUACAACAGAGAUUAAAAAUAAUAAAAAUGUAAAUAGUUUGGGUACUUUUUCAAGAAGAUCCAUUGUUAUCUAUCCAAAAUCUGUUCAGCGAUGAAGCGCAUUGGGACGAAGAGCAACCUAAAGAGGUUCAAGAGCUGCCAUUUCAUCCAGAAAAAACAAUGGUUCGAUGUGGUUUGUGGGCCCGUGGAAUCAUCGGUCCAUAUUUCUUCCAAAAUAAAGAUAGUGAGAACAUAACCGUCAAAGGCGAAAGUUAUCGCGUCAUAAUAACCCUCUAUUUGAUGUCUGAAAUUAAAGCUCGUGAUCUCGUCGACAUUUAGUUUCAACAAGACGGCGAAACUUCCCACACAUCGCAUCAAUCAAUGGAUUCAUUGAGAGAACCCUUCGAUGAGCAGAUAAUUUAUCAUUUUGGGUCGGUCAAUUGAACACCAAGAUCGUUAGACUUUUCCUGUGGGGAUAUGUAAAAUCUGAAGUCUAUGCGGACAAUCCCCCGCUUCGAUUCAGGCCUUGGAGCAAAACAUCGCCAGUUACCAUUAGAAGUGCUCGAACGAGUCAUCAAAUAUUAGACUCAAAUGAUGGACCAUCUGAGACAUAGUCGCGACCAACUUUUGAAAGAGUUAGUCUUUAAAAUUAAAGAAAACCUUCUCGUUCAGUCAAAAAGAGUGUUAGCGAUGAUAUUCAUAUUCUCAGAUAGUCAAGCGGCUUCAAAAUCACUAAAGUCUCAUAGAAUACCUUCUAAGAUAGUGAAAGAAUGCUUGGAUUUGUUAUUGACAAUGACGUCAUAUUUCACGAUACACUUGCAAUGGGUCCCAGGACACAGUGAUAUCCCUGGGAACUGUGUGGGAGAUGAACUAGCCAUAUUGGACACCACACUGCAGUUGGAGGUCAAUAAAGGGGGAAUCUGUAUACCUCUGGCAACUUGCAAAUAUUUAAUCGUUAAACAUGAAGUAGAUACGGCUGAAUCACAAUGGAAACAAGUAACGACUUGCUCCGUAAGCAGACAACGUGGCCAGAGUGGAAUAAGAGCCGUCUUGUCGCUUAUUAAAAUUUAAGAGGAAUGAAACAAGAACCCUUGUAGGGGUGUUAACGGGACACUAUCUGAUUGAGAGACAUGCUAGCAGAUUGGGGAUACCUUUCAAUGAUUACUGCAAAAGUUGCCAAGAAGAAGAAGAAGAAACGAUUACAUACCUUCUUUGUGGAUGCAAGGUAUAGGAAAAGAAUCGCAACUAUUGGACGCGGUUUUCUCGAGAAUGUGGGUGAAGUUGCUCAUGUCAAAUUGUGUGAACUUUUUCACUUUAUCAGUGCCACAGGGUGGUUCAAUGAUAACUCGAUAGUGUGAGAAAUUUCAGUCCCAGUGGUAUCACAAUGGGUCUUCCAAAGGUCUAGGUGCGUUGUUUGACAGCCACUUAACUUAACCUAACCUAGUCUUUAAAAAUUAAAAGCCAAAGAGUGUUCUUUCGAAUGACCUCGAAAUGGAUCACCUUAUAAUAACUCACCUUAUAUAACAACUAUCUCUUUAAAAGAGCACCCUUUAUAAAUGCACGUGCAGCAAACUUUUGUGAAUGAGACUGGCAAGUGUGUGUGGGGUACAGGUGUAACGGUAUGACAGCAGGAGUUCUCUGGGAAAUUAUUGUAUUUUAAUAUAAAUAACAAGCAAACAAAAAACUGCUGAACACACGAGGACAAUAAGUACAACUGUUAGUCCCUGAUAGUUGAUGGAAAGAGGUUUUUUGACGGCGACACGAAACACAAUUGCAUACAAAUUCGUAACAAGCAAUCAUAUACUCACACAGCACAAACGAAUCGCAUCAGUCACUCCAUUUUUAUAGGCAUUCAGUACAAAUCGUUUGCGCAUUUAAUUCACUCGGCUAACAAACGUCGACUAAGCGACUCGGCUUAUAAAUCCUUACGGUUCGGUGAGUGGCACGCGUUUAUGCUGCAAAUUGUAACAGUAAUUCUUGCAUACCGUUACAUAAAUUACGCGUAAAGCGAUUAUCAAUCUCAGGUGAAUUCCAUUUCAAUUUAAAUAAAUUUUAUUGUCAACCACAGUGGCUAGCGGCUGUUGUCAGUUGCAACGGUAUCAAGUUAAUAACGGUUGCAUGUCGUCGUUAGAGUCCGAUUGGAAUCAUUCAUUUUGUGGCAGUCAAAGUGAAAUGAACACUUGGAAGGGUAAAUUGCUGACGGAUGUGCCGUUUGGGCAUGUGCUCAUUGUGAGCGGGAAAGUGAAACCGAAUCCGAAUAAAAUCUGCUUGGACCUCACCGAUAAUAUAAAGGGUCAAAAUGAAAGUGAAACGGUUUACUUGAAGAUUGAAGCGAAUUUUAGAGAGAAUCAAAUCAUACGUAGCAUGUUUAUGCCGGGAGAGGGUUGGCAGCAAGAGGAGAUAUCGAAGAAUUGGAAAGCUGAUGGACCCAAAAAUCCACUGGUGCCUGGUCAAACUUUCACCUUCCGCAUCGCCGUUCUACAGAAAUCUUUCGAAAUCUACAUAAACGACAACCUCUAUGGCGCCUUUGAGUUCGUGAAAUUUCCGAAACCAAUAAAUUUCCUAAUGGUUUAUGGCGAUUUUGAAAAAAUUACACAAUUCCAUCAGCGCAUGCUGUUUCCACUUGUCUUUCCGAGAAGCUUGAUUUGCGCGGAGAAAAUCGCAUUUCAGAGUGAUGUGCCGAAGAAAUACGAAGUUGGUACCGUUGUUGCCAUGGAGUGCAUCGCCAAAGGUCCAUCGAACUCAGCAUUCUCCAUAUGUUUUCAGUGUAAUGACACUGGACGGGUGGUGUUGAAGUUUCAUGUCAACUUUGAGACCACAACUGUGUCGCGUACUUAUGAGCGUGCCGAUAAUAGUUUUUCUUUGGACGAUGAGGAAACCGAUGGCGAAUUUCCCUUUCAGCGUGGUAAACUCUUCAAGAUCGCUUUCGGCAUCGGCGAUAAGGCCUUUAUCAUUGCUGUGAAUGGCCAAUAUUUUACCUAUUACAAUUAUCCGGUGCGCUCCUUUGCCAUCUCAACCUUGAAGUGUUUCACUAAUAAAGUUGGCGAUUUUGCGGUCAAAAAUCUGGAAUACCAUUGUGACUCGCCGUUAUUGGCGCGUGUCGAAAAAUUGUCGUUGAUUUAGUUCAAAAAAGAGUAGGUGCAAAAGUAAUGCACUGAAGGAUCAAGGAGCAUACCCAUUAUGAAAAAUAUUUAGGCACUGGAUUAGUUGGCUCACUGAAAAGUUGUAGAAGCAAUGCCAUUAUUUUAGCGAAUUGAAAAUAAAAAACCAAUAUUUUUGUGUUC